AUCAACACCCACAGGAAAAUGCGUUCAUCCUGAUGCGUACAUCCGAGACGCUGGUCUUAUAAAGAAGGCUCCACCGACGCCGACCCUUUCCUGUCACGUCUCUAUCCAUUCUCGAUUACCUCGCCUUAGGGUUUCGUCCUCCUCCGAUUUCUUCCCUUUGGCGAUCGAUCCCGGCGGUCAUGGCGGAAAACAAGAUCACGCUAAAGAGUUCGGACGGCGAGGUCUUCGAGGUGGAGGAGACGGUGGCCAUGGAGUCCCAGACGAUCAAACACUUGAUCGAAGACGACUGCGCCACAAACGGCAUCCCCCUCCCCAACGUUACCAGUAAGAUCCUCUCCAAGGUGAUAGAGUACUGCAAGAAGCACGUUGACGCCGCCGCCGCCGCCUCCUCCAAGUCCACCGCGGAUGAUACGUCCUCCAAGCUCGCCGACGACGAGCUCAAGGCCUGGGACGCCGAGUUCGUCAAGGUCGAUCAGGCUACCCUAUUCGACCUCAUCCUGGCGGCAAACUACCUGAAUAUAAAAGGAUUAUUGGAUUUGACUUGCCAAACUGUUGCUGACAUGAUCAAGGGGAAGACCCCGGAAGAAAUCCGCAAGACGUUCAAUAUCAGAAAUGACUUCACACCUGAGGAAGAGGAAGAGGUGCGGCGGGAGAACCAGUGGGCCUUCGAGUGAUGUAGGACACGUCGUGCUUUAUCUUGGACGGACUAUUUAAGCAUUUAUAUUUCUAGUUGGAUGGGUGGUGUAGUCGGGUGUGGGGGGUAAACUUUGUGGGGUGGUUCUGUUGUUGAUGGGCUGUAAUUAGGCUGGAAACUCUGGCGAAACAUAUCAUUGUUAUAUGCUAGAUUCGAUGGUUACCACUCACUUGUCUGCAUGCAGAUGUGUAUCUGCUUGGUAGUUUCGAAUCUGGCCACACGAAGUGUCCCAAUCGCUUCGAAUCUUUUUUAACUGGUUGUUGAGGGUUUUUUUUCCCCUUUAAG